AUGGACGAGUAUAAAGACCAGUCGACGACGGCUAUGAGCCUUAUAACAUACAACAAUCACUUCAAAGCAAGAAAACAACCUCCUCUAAUCGCAAUGCAAUCAUCCUCGUCUUCUUCUGUUCUUGCCUCGUCCUCUACACCACAAAAAUCCCCAAAAAACUGGCAAGCAGCUUUUGGACAGUUGGCGUCGACAUACGGUUUCACUGGAAAUAUUCCAUCCCUUCCCAAAAAGAUGCAAACCAAAAAAUCGAGCGUUACGACUUCAAAAGCGUCGAUAUACUCCAACGUAUCGUCGCAGUCGACCUUAACAGAAUCUCGCUCGACGAAGGACUAUGAAACCGCAUUUGGUCAAUUGUCGACAUCAUAUGGCUUCGUUGCCGGCGUUCCGUGCCUACCCUCGAAAGCCUCUAAAUCAACAAAAUCGUCGACGUCUAAAUCACCAAGUCGACCAUCGAUUAUGGAUGCUCAACCAAGCAAAAACUACCAGCAAUCGUAUGGAGAGCUCCCUUCCACUUAUGGGCAUGGCUCUCCAAUUGCUACCAGGUUAUAG